AGAUCUAAGCUGGCAAGGAGGCGCAGCGGUCUAAUGAAGAACUGAGUGAGUUGACCGGGCACGCAGGAAACCACGGCUUCCACUCUUUCUGGAAAGCCUUUGAACAUAACGAGUGUUAACACUUAUUAAUCAUUGUGAUUCUUGACGGUUUUCUCUUGUAAGUAGACUUGUGGCUUAAGUCUCCUUUCAUGCGACUAAAAGUUUCAGUUCCAGAGAAAUUUGCCUCCCCUCUCUCCCUCCAACAACCCUCUGCCAACUUAGCUUUCCUCCUCUCUAUUUCUCCUCCUAUCCUCCUCCUCCUCAGCUUUUUGUGUUUUUGUUUUUAUGACAAUGUUUGGGUCUGAUUUUGUUCCGCUUUGUUGUCAUUCCCCGUCUCCCUAACUAGUAGCAUGUUGUAAUGGUCUACGUGUGUGUGCACGAUUCUUCAGAAACUGUUCUUUCUGGCCACUAAUUUUCAGUUUGCCAAUCAUCUGUAAAAAAAAAAAAAAAAAAAAAAAAAAAAAAGUCUCUAUCAGUGUUAUUUGUCUCUCGUGAAGAGUUUUAUUUUAUUAUUAGGUUGUUCUUUUUUUUUUUUUUCUUUUUUCUUUUUUUUUAUAUGCCUGCAUGAUAACCGCAGCAGUCCUCAGGAGAAGAGCAGGUUUGCUUACUCAAAAAAAAUAAAUAAAUAAAAUUCUAACAAAUCAGAUAACCUUGAAACCAUGAAGGGAAAAUAUACAAAUAUCUCCAAGUGACGUAUCAGUUUACAUUCUGCUGCAGAAAGCAAGGCUACUUCAAGAUAUAUUGCUGCUAAUGAAUUCAUAGGUUUUCCUUCUCACCAUGAGGUCGGGCCGCUGCCUCUUGUUCCCCCUCUAGUCACCUAAACGGCCUUUAGAAACAAAAAUGUUAAGUCUGAAAAAUUAGUUCCAAAUCAGCGAGACACGAGGGCAGCACUGGAUUUCCACUGUCAUCUGUGUGAUAUUUAGAUCCUACUCCUCAGUCCGUGUACAUACACCAACUCCCACCCUGAUAGAGAGCCCGUCAGUCAGUCCAUGAGUGAUUACUUAAAAUCAUGCAUUUGUGUCAACAUCAAAAAUACAUGCUAACUGAAGAAACAUGCAAAAAUAUGUGAAGAUUUUAUCUCAGCAGUGAAAACAUGACAAUGGAUUGUUCCUGUAGUACUAGAUAUUUGUCCCUGUCCUUUUGCUAUUUCAUCUCAAGAAGAAAAAAAAACAGGGUAUCGAGGAGAGGAGGAGGAGGAGGAGGAGGAGGAAGAUGGACAGUAUGAUUUGUACAUACAGUCUGUCCUGGGAUCAGUGUGGUAGUUAACUCUCAUUUAAGACAUUCCUCUCAGCUAUUAGCAGUUUCUUCUUACGCCAACGUGUCGAGCUUCAGACCUCAAGAGAGCCUCGACAUUUGCUGAUGUUUUGUUAAAUCACGCGAUAAUGAAGACAAAACAGAACAUGGUGAAACGGGAGUAAGAGGAAGUAAGAAAGAGAAUGAAGUUGCAAUGCUCUAGCCUUGACACAAGUAGUUAAUUGAUAAAUCUGCUAGUUCACAGCCUGCAGGACAGAUGAUGUCUACCCCAUGACUCCCCUCACUGUCACGAUGGUGUCAGGUAAAAGAAAUCUCUAAAGUGAAGUACUUCCUGUUCCGCAGCACCACAGGUUACCAUGUGUUCCUUUUCUGUUUGCGUUCUUGAAUUGAAACCUCUUAACUCAUCUAACUCUCAUUGGGUUGACAUUGUUUUUUAUUUUAAAUUAUUAACAUUGUUGAUUGUUUUUUUCUAUUAUGCUUUUAAUCAUUCCAUAGUGAAGUUUUAUAUGAAAUAUAACAGAGGGCAUUUAUUUCUUAAGUUCUAACCAAUGAUAUUGGUGUUUAACCUUAUUUUGCACAUGAACACAUAUCUAUGGCAAGACGAGGGCAGAUCACGCGUGUUAAGACCAAGGUUACUUCUAGUAUCAGGAACACUCACAAGAGCACAUAUCAAGGCUACACUGGAUAGCUGUUUCUCGAAAGGUUUACUAGAAAGAAAGAAAGAAGUGAUAUUAAAGGGACGACAUAUACUCAAAAGAUUUUAUUUCUGAUAUUGUUUAUGAAAAUAUUUGCUCUGUACAUCGCACCACAGCUGCUAUAUUUGGCUCCUUGGUAAGUUAUGACAUUUUUUGGCGUCUCUGUCUCUACAAAUGGUACAAAUGUGAUAAAUACAGAUGGGCGUUAAAAACUCUGGCCAACCAACCAGUAGUAAGCCUAGUGUAUCAUGUAAAAGGGACAUCAGGAUUAAAUGUAUUGAAACAGAGGUCGCCAUCGCCUGUGACAAAAAAAUAAUUGGUGGUAUGUCUUUUUCUUUCUAUUGUUUGCUGAUGGAAAGACAGAAAACAUUUGCCUCAGAAGUCAGAAUAAUUAAUUAAAUUACAGAGCGUCGCUGCCCUCAGGUCAGCCAACCUGCUGGUCAGAGAAACAAAAACCUGAUGGAAUUGUUUCUGAGAAAAUGUUUUGUCUGUCGAGGAACCAAGACAUGUUAAAAAAUUAUAAUGAUAAACCAUCUGUGCGCACUGAUCAAGGUUGGAAGUGCAGUGUACCUCACAAUGUGUGUGAGAUGCAUAUCGAUACAAAUACCUGUCAGAGCAAACAUUUUCACUCCAGUGACUAAUUUGCAGAGGUUUAUUAUUUUGGAUUGUGUAUUUAUUGUUUGCAAUGUACAUAUUAGUUUGCAGCUCUUUGCACAUAUCAAUAAAAAUAAAGGUUCAACUAACUGAUCAAAUAAAGUCUGUGCGGUUUAGUUGUUCUACUCAGAAUGAACCAAAUGAUGGCAUGGCAGCCUCUUUCAGCCUGAACUGGGAGAGCGUUGAAUGUACUAUGAAGGUGUGUGUUUAUCCAUCGUUAAAAACAAAGAGAACUAAAAUGUAACCCACUGUUUUUUUUUUUCCUUUUCCAUGGGAGGUGAGUUACAUUAGUGUUUCCUCUUUAUGAGAAGGUGGUUUGAGUGGAAUUCUGCUUUUGAAUUGAAGAAUAUUUACUCAUUACUCAUGCUUAGCCAGCCACUUGAAUUAUGACAAAACAAGGGUGGUUUUGAACUCAUUUUAUUUUUUCUAAUAUCAGGGAAUAUAACACAGAGUAGCUAGUGACAUCUAAAAUGACAGUAUACUAUUGUUGUGCUGGUGUCUUUCUUCACCUCAACACUGUUUUUUUGUUUUUUUUCCGUUGAUGCCUUUCAAACAAAAACUAGCCAUUAUAUUUUCCAUCUUUCCCUCUGACAAUUAAUAUCAGUUAACUGCGUUCCCUUUGGAUUUGCUCACCAAAAGAAAAGACAAACCAUGACAUUAACGCUGUACAUUAUUUGUCAGACUGGUUUCAUUUUCAUACUUAUUUUGUAAAUAUCUGUGUUGUAUGGAGCUUGAAUUAAAAUGUAAAUAUGUUUACUGUAUUUGUAAUAAUUAUAAUCCAUUCGCUGUAUAGCAUAGAUGUGUCAUGCAGAUAUCCUAAUUCUGUGUAUGGUAAUAUUGCACAAUUGAACUGUUUAGUGAAUGAGGCAACAAUAAAAAGUGCAAACUGUGCAUUAGCAAAACAA